AUGUCUUCAGAACACAAAUCAGACGACUACGAACUCGGCCAUGGUGGCAGCAAGAACGAGAUUAUGGGUCAAGGGGAAACCGAGGUUUACCCUAGCCAAGAUGAGACUGGAGCUAUAGUAGAGUUUGAGGAGGUAAAAGCUGUGAAGCAAGGCCUACAUCAGAGACAUAUUCAGAUGAUUGCGCUUGCGGGAACAAUCGGUACAGGUUUAUUCCUUGGUUCUGGUCGAGCCAUUUCAAGAUCUGGUCCUCUAGGUGCAUUCAUUGGUUAUUCCGUGGUUGGUCUCGCUGUGUCGAGUGUAAUUUUUGCUGUCGGAGAGAUGGGAGCUUUGGUACCUCUCAAUGGAGGUCAAAUUCGUUAUGCCCAACACUUCUUCGACCCUGCUAUGUCUUUCGCCAAUGGAUGGAAUCAAGUCUAUGCAUAUACCGUGUCAAUCCCAGCUGAAAUUGUUGCCGCUGCCGUUCUGGUGGAAUUCUGGACGACAAUCAACAACGCAGUCUGGAUAACGAUCUUUGGUGCCCUGAUGAUUAUCACUGCAGUCACCUUUGUUAGGGUGUACGGUGAACUGGAAUUUACAUUUUCAAUGCUGAAAAUCAUACUCAUCAUUGGGAUCAAUAUCAUGGCUCUCGUUAUUACCUGUGGAGGAGGUCCAAACCACGAAUCGAUUGGCUUUCGUUACUGGAGGGAACCUGGAGCCUUCGUCCAAUAUUUGGGUAUUGGUGGCUCCUUGGGUCGCUUCCUCGGAUUCUGGACAACACUUAAUAAUGCUUUGUAUGCGUAUUCCGGAAUCGAGAACAUUGCAGUAGCUGCUGCCGAAACCAAAAAUCCAAGACGAGCAAUUCCUAUGGCUGCUAAGCGCAUUUUUAUCCGAAUUCUUAUGUUUUAUGUUUUAACCAUAUUCAUGAUCGGUCUUGUGGUUCCUUCCAACGACCCAAGCCUCCUUCAGUCUACCGGUACCGCUUCAGAAUCUCCCUUCGUUAUUGCCGCAAAAAAUGCCGGUAUCAAGGUUAUCCCAUCGAUCAUCAACGCAAUUGUUCUUACCUCCGCUUGGUCUGCCGGAAACUCUAGUAUGCUUGGUGGAACACGAGUUCUCUUCGGUAUGGCUAUGUAUGGACAUGCACCAAAGAUCUUCAGCAGAGUGAAUCGUGCAGGUGUUCCUUACGUUGCAGCCGUUCUCUACGCUGUAUUUAUGUGCUUGGGAUACAUGACGUUAUCCUCUACUGCUAGCAUCGUAUUUACAUGGCUCCAGGAUCUUGUCUCAAUCGCGACCUUGAUUAAUUGGAUAUGCAUCUUACUCAUCUACCUCAGAUUCUUAUACGGUUGCAAGAAGCAAGGAAUUAACCGCCACACCGAGCUUCCAUGGGCAGCACCAUUUCAGCCAUAUACGACGUGGGCUUCUCUAGGCCUCUUUCUCCUUCUCCUCUUGACUGGAGGAUACACUACCUUCAUUCAUGGUGAAUGGAGUAAUGAGACCUUCAUCUCAUCAUACCUCAACAUCCCUAUCAUCCUUAUUUUGUUCUUUGGUUACAAGUUCUAUGCCAAGACCAAAAUGGUUUCCCUAGAGGAGAUGCCUAUUCGAGGAUUCAUUGAGAUAUAUCAACAAAAUCCAGAGCCGGAGGAAAAGCCUAAGAAAGGACUUCGCAGGUUGAACAUUCUUUGGUCUUGA